GACAUCAUCCAGGACUAACACGUGACUAGGCUGUACGUCGUCCAUAUGGAGACGCAGAAUUCAGAGAUCUUAAUAGAGAUGAAAAACUUGAUGGUUUUCUCUCUUUUUGAGUGAAUGUGAGAUUUGUUAUUUUCAUGAGGAAAUUUAACACCUAUGGCGGCUUCAUUUAGGACGUUGUACAUCGUCAUUUUCAUUGUGUUUUGUGAAGUGAAUAGACAUGAUGCCUCUGGGCCCUCUCAUGUAUAUACCUACAACAUGUACAUACCCGACAUAAGCAGUCAAACAGAUGAAGCUGAAAGCAAAUUCGUCUACUGGAGGAGCCUUGAGAAAGCUUUCCAGAAAAACCCGGAAGCCAUUAAAUCAGCACUGCUGAUAAGUUACUUGAGGAAGAGUUUUCCGACACGUAUCUACGUAGAUCGGCAAGGCAACCAUUACACGUGGGACCGUAAUCGAGGAUUUGUCCCCGUGAAUCAGUACACCGCACCUUGGUACAAGAAUUAUCACCAGGCCCCCGUGUAUUCCGCACCCUACUAUCCCAAAACAUCAAUGUUCCCGAACUACCAAACCCAAGUACCAAUGUACCAAAGACCCUCUCCCCCUGUUUUCUGGACCCAGUCGCCCCAGGGCUGGAUUCCAGUGAGUCCGGACCCUUUCUUUUCGUCCUAUACCUCUCAUCCUGUCAACAUCAAUAACUACUGGUGUGAUCCUACAGUAACAGAUUUUAACAACGUCAUACCCCAACUUUCCACUGAAGUUAGUGCGGAGGACCCGUGCAUGCGGCAACAGCUUCCGGACGAAUUCGGCUUGGUUGCUUCUUCCGGUAUGGCCGACAUGCUAUGUGCUCUUUGUCAAACUAUCAAAAGCAUGGAGUGUGUUUGGAAGUUCUGCUCCCAUCCUGAUGGUGUGUAUAAAGUCAAAAUGGAUUAACGAGAGAACCAGAAUAUGAACAUAUUCUGAUAAAGUCUAGAAAAUCGCCUGUUUUCUGUAUAUAUUUUUGUGCGUGUUUGUGUCGAAGUUGUCAAUUUCUUUCGCCUACCUCUUGGCUGCUCGCUUUGCAUAAGUUGAGCGGAAGUGAUGUCACAGUUCCAUCUUUCCCACUGAAACUGAUACUGGCAUUCUUGCGUGGCUCUUUGAGCACCGCGACCGAUGGAAUCCAUGAACAACCCGUAGCCCUGUUAAAACAUGAAUGGACAUACAAUUUACGAGCAUUGUUUGGGACAUUCUGACAUUCUCCUAAAAGAAAAA